CGCGCUCCUUGAUCUUCCGCGUCCGUUCCACUUUUUCGUGGGAUCUCCGUUUCUUCGUGGUUCAGCGAGGUGAAAAGAGAAAUACUUUCUACAGAUCGAAUUAUUGCAGGAACGAACCUAGGAAAUUUUCGUGGUGAUCCCUAAAGCCUUCUUCGAUCUUCCGCGACGUUGCGUUUUAUCGUGGAACUUAUAUUCCCUUAUGGUUUGACGAGCUGGUCAGAAACAUAUUAGUAGAUUUAGUUACUACGAAGAAACACAUAUCAGUAAGUUAGAAAUUGUUAUGUAGAUUCGUGUGAACGCGAUAUUUCCAAAUACAACGAUUUGACAAAUUGGAAGAGAGAGAAAUAGGAAAAGAGGGUUGAUUUUUGAUUGCGGGAUUUUCGUGGCCGGAUUAUACGUGACCCAGGAUCAGUGAUCGGCGAAGGAGGAGAUUUGGAAGGCUUGAUUAAACAGUAGAAUGGAUGGGCCGGCGGUAUUAUCGAUGCCGCCGAUAACCGCGCCCCAAAAAUCAGCACAAUCGCCGCAGCCACAGUCGCAUUCGAAAUCCAAUCAGGAGUUGCAGGUGGGCACUGUAUCUCUCUAUGGCAUUCACAUCGUGUCCCUGGUGAUCGAGGGUCAAGAAAGGCUAUGUUUGGCUCAGAUAAGCAACACGUUGCUGAAGCAGUUCAGUUACAACGAGAUUCACAAUCGCAGGGUAGCUUUGGGCAUCACCUGCGUGCAAUGCACUCCCGUCCAGUUAGAAAUCCUCCGUCGAGCCGGCGCUAUGCCCGUUUCCUCCAGAAGAUGCGGCAUGAUUACGCGAAGGGAAGCCGAGCGUCUCUGCAAAUCGUUCCUCGGCGACAAUGCGCCGCCUAGAUUACCAGAAGACUUCGCUUUCUCGGUGCACCACGAAUGCGCCUGGGGCUGUCGAGGCGCGUUUCUACCAGCUCGCUAUAACAGUUCGCGUGCGAAAUGCAUCAAGUGCGCCUACUGUGGCCUCUUCUUCUCCCCCAACAAGUUCAUCUUCCAUUCACACCGAAUCGGCCCAUCGGACAAAUACGUGCAACCGGACGCGGCGAAUUUCAAUUCCUGGCGUCGUCACAUGAAACUUUCCGGAAAUCCGCCGGACGAGGUGGUGCACGCGUGGGAGGAUGUGAAAGCAAUGUUCAACGGCGGCACUAGAAAGCGAUUGCUUAAUAAUCCAACGUCAAGGGAAUCGCCAAGUCCUGCAAAGCAGCCGAGAUCAUCGCCUACGGCGCAAAUUCCGACCCUCGUGCCGUCGCCUACGCAUCCACGUGUUCCUCCAUUUCCAGAAUUACCUCUACCGUUGUCUAGAAGCUUGGUGAUGGACUAUGUGUGGCAUCAACAUCAACAGGCUGCCGCUGUUGCUGCCGCCAAGACACCCGGUUUUCCAUUUUCACCCUACGCUCUCCCGUGGCUCGCUAAGAGAGGACCAGUGCUCUUUCCUGGUCCUCUACCACCUCCAAUAAGCGGUUCCAAUCCAACCGAACCGCUUAUACCAACGGUGAAUCCAUCAUUGCAUCAGUCUGCCUUUCGUCCUGUGAUUCGUGGACCACCGAUAGUUGAAUCGGUGACUCAAGAACAACCAUCGGAUACCUCAGUAUCCCAAAAAGAAGAUAAUUCUGACGACGAAGUGGAUAUAGAGACAACAGAAGACGAUCCAGUGACACCUUUAAACAUUACUGCACAGAAUCUUCAUUCCGUUUCAAAUUCAGCUACCAGUAGUCAUAGUGGUCGUAAUUCGCCACAGUGUUGGAGUCCUCCUCGAGAAACGGAACGAGAAGCUGAAAAGAUAGCAGAGGAGACAGCAGCUAUGCGUGACGUUAAACCAGAACUUCAACCUGCAAGAAGUCCCGACACCUGGCAAGGGAAUAGCUUUUACCGGCAUCUCAAUGUAAUAAAAGGAAGUGAGCCGAACGAGAGAACGAGUGCGGAUUGUUCCGCUUGCCAUCCACGAGGAAUAUUUUACGGCCAGAUUCAUAGCCCGUCUGCGCCCACUAAUUAAUCGACACGAGAUGCAGUAGCAGCUGAAAGAGGAUGAAGAGAAGUAGUGUGAGGGAUGGAGGUUAAAGAGAGAGAGGGAGAGAGGGAGAGAGAAAGGAUGGAAAGAAAAAGAAGAGGAAAAGAGAGAACGGACGAGUAGAAGAGGGAAAGAGAGGGAAUGAGGUAGAGAGUAAUUCAAAAAGACACUGUAAAUUAGGGGUCUCCGUCGGCAUUCAGCUUCGGAUCCGGUGAAUUCCAAUUAGUUUAAAGCGCGUUGAUCUGAUGGCUCUCUUUUGCCUUUUUGUCUUUUUGUAAGUGUACAAUGAGAAAAUUGGGAAUUUAUAAAUUUUAAGUUGGAAAAAUAAAUGUCAAAUAUCCAGGAUCUUUCUAUAACAAUAUACUUGAAAAUUUUUCAUUUAAAGUACGUUGGCUUUUAUAAGCGUUAAAUGAAAUUUCUAACUUACAAAUGAAACUAUAUCCAGUAAUAAUUAUAAUUAAUUUCAAAAUUUUUCGAUGGUAAAGUUAAAAUUAAUAAAAGUAAGAAUUGAUCGAUACAAUUCAUUAUAUUUAUUAAUUGAUAAAUUAUUGCGCAAGAAGGCCCAGAAAGUUAGACGAUGGAGAUCCUUAUUUUAAAUAAUCAUUUCACUUUCUAACCUCUCGAUUUUUCCAUUGACGCAAUCUUUCACCAGGCGAAUCUCAUUCAAUUUUCAUCGCGGAGACGUAGCAAAACUAGUCUUAAUCGAGUAGUGUGGAUAAAAAUGUUACGUAUUUUUUAUUAUUGAGCAAACUCACGAAAUGCACGAAGACACGAAAAAAACACAAAAAAAUUUGAUCGUCGUCCUCGUUCUUACGCUCAUAAUUAAUUUUGUAGAUCAAUUACGCUCGCACAAAAAACACUAUUAUAAAUAUUCGUGUAACUAAUUUCCACGAUAUAGAUACAUAUACAUAAAGAACUUCGCUCAAAACUUGUACGUAUCUAGAGAUAUUUAUUUUCGAUUCUUAUGGUGAACUAUAUGAAUGCGUAUAAUCAUCAAGUUUCGUGCACAUAGAGAAUUGUUUGUAUUACAAAACUUUGUAAUUUUACGAACAAUUGAACUGUACGUACGUGUGUAAAUGGCAGGAAAAAUGCAGUUAGUCACGAACUUCAAAUACGAUGACAGAAACUUGAUUGUGGAAAGGACGAUCAAUAGUCAAUUAUACUUCUCCCUGGAAUUAAAAUAAAUUAUUCUUUGACGUUAACUAAUUACAGAGAAAUUACAGAGAAAAAAAUGGAGUUCAUAUCAAAAACUAUCUUUGACAACUUUUAUCAUUAUCUGUUAUAAAGAUAUUCCAGCAUUUUUAGCUUUUGUCUAAUCAAUCUGCCCAGUAUUAAUUCAAUAAUGAUUAUACAUAUAUAC